GUGAACCUUCAAAAACUCUCCUUUUCAUCCUUUAUAAAUUUGUAUUUAAAACUUUCUUAGUGGAUGCCAUCUUCAGAAUAUUUAACAUUCUUUAGUAAGAAUAAUUGAUUUUCACAGAUUUGGAAGCUUUCCUGAAAACAGAAUUUAUGUGAACAUCAGUGACACAAUUCUAUUUGGUGUCUGUAGGUUUGUUGUCGGCACUAACUAGAUUUCCAACAUUGGUCAGAGUCCUUUAUGUUCAAAGUCUCUGAUAUAACAGUAUAAAUACCUUCAUCAGCAUGACAUAGUUCCUAGUGCUACGUAAUCUUUAUUUGGUUAUUAUCCCUAUAAAAUCAUAAUUUCAUGUGGCAAGUACGUCAGGGAAAGGACAUUUUCUUGGUGUCUGUGUCUGCCAUCCACGCACCUUUGGUGUGACGCUGUAGUGUGCUUCAAGGAGCAGGAGAAAGGCUGCAGCAUGGUGAGGGGCAGGACUGAAGGAUUUCAUAGUUUGGUGAGAGCUUGCUUAGCAGCUGCAGAAUCCAUGCACAGAAUAGUUCAGUUUGGGAUAGUAAGAGGAAUUUAAGAAGGAACAUGUGUACAUAGUUUCUCAGAAGUAAAUUCUAAAGCAUGAACUAUACCCAUGGCAUGCUUUAUGAAGACUUUAAAACAUUUGGUUAUUAAGAGCAAGGGCAGUUUAACUGAGCCAUAGCCUUUCGUGUGUGUUUUUUUCUUUCCAUCUUACAGUUCCUCUUUUCUUCAUCUGGAUCUGCAUUGGAAGUCUGUGCUUUAUAAAAAAGAGUUCUAAGUUGCUGUUACUUCAUACAAUGGAUGCACAGUCACAAGGAAUGCAAGGGCCACCUGUUCCUCAGUUUCAACCUCAGAAAGCCUUACGACCUGAUAUGGGCUAUAAUACAUUAGCCAACUUUCGGAUAGAGAAGAAAAUUGGUCGUGGACAAUUCAGUGAAGUUUAUAGAGCAGCCUGUCUCUUGGAUGGAGUACCAGUAGCUUUAAAAAAAGUACAGAUAUUUGAUUUGAUGGAUGCCAAAGCACGAGCUGACUGCAUCAAAGAAAUAGACCUCCUUAAGCAACUCAAUCAUCCAAAUGUAAUUAAAUAUUAUGCAUCAUUCAUUGAAGAUAAUGAAUUAAAUAUAGUUUUGGAAUUAGCUGAUGCUGGUGACCUCUCCAGGAUGAUAAAGCAUUUUAAGAAACAAAAGAGGCUGAUUCCUGAGAGAACUGUCUGGAAGUACUUUGUGCAGCUGUGCAGUGCCCUGGAACACAUGCACUCUCGGAGAGUGAUGCACCGAGAUAUCAAACCUGCUAAUGUGUUCAUUACAGCCACUGGGGUGGUAAAACUUGGUGACCUUGGUCUUGGCCGGUUUUUCAGCUCCAAAACCACAGCCGCACACUCUUUAGUGGGUACGCCUUACUACAUGUCUCCGGAGAGAAUACAUGAAAAUGGAUACAACUUCAAAUCUGACAUCUGGUCUCUUGGCUGUCUACUAUAUGAGAUGGCUGCAUUACAGAGUCCUUUCUAUGGUGACAAAAUGAAUUUAUACUCACUGUGUAAGAAGAUAGAGCAAUGCGACUACCCACCUCUGCCUUCAGAUCACUAUUCAGAAGAACUGCGACAGUUGGUUAACAUGUGCAUCAACCCGGAUCCAGAGAAGCGGCCAGACAUCACCUAUGUCUACGACGUAGCGAAGAGGAUGCAUGCCUGCACCGCAAGCAGCUAAGCAAGCGCGGGGCCGUGGACACACCAAAAUACUUUAAAGGAUUUUGUGCAGACUAUACCUCCCCAUUUUUGUCUGUGUGUUAGGAUUAAUAUUUCAGAGCUAUGUGCAUUAAAUCCUUAACCAGUUUCCUUGUAAGCUUCCAAAUCGCUUUCUUGUAAACCCCAAAUAUCUUUGAAAUAAUUGAAUCGCAUGUUAGGAGAGUGAAUGAAACACGAUGGGUUUUGAUGGCUAAUUUUAUUAUUAUUAUUAUUAUUAAGAGUUAUUUGGUGUUUUCUGCUGAUAAAUUGUGUUUCAGUAGACUGCCAGUGCCAGCUAUCGAAGUUUGGCACAUGUCAGGAUAGACUUGAAGCCCAAGGAAAGUUAUCUUAGCACAUGGCUUGUUUGGUUUUCAUCAUUUAUGGACACUGAGGUGAGCACAUUGUGAAAUUUUGUGACUGUUUUGUCAAAAUUUGAAGUAUGUAUUUUAGUUUUAGCAGCGUAGCAUUCAGAUAUAAUUUACAAUAAAUGUACACAAAGAAACAUUUAAAAUUCUUAGCUUUUACAGUCAAAGUGCAGUUUUUAAAUGUGAAGAUUUGGAGACAAAAUGUGAGUCAGACACUGAAGAGUCUUUGUUUCAGUAUAUUUUUUAGUUUCUUUGUAUUAAAAUGAUAUAAAUGAAUUCAUUUAAAACAUGGUUAAGGAUUUGGCUGUGAUAGUAAUUUUUAAAGUUGCACAUCGCCCAAAGCUUUUGUGUUUUCAUUAUUGUUUGUACAUUUGAAAAAUAUUCUUUGAGUAAUCUUGCAGUACUAUAUUUCAGUUUCUUUAUAAAUUUAAAUGCAUUUUAGCUCAUAAUUGUACACUAUAAUGUAUGCAUGUUUUUAUUCAUAGAUUGUAUUGAAGUUCUGGUGGGUCCCCCUCAUAAAUUUUUUUAUAUUCAAGUUACUUUAUUUAUAUUGUAUGUACAUUUUAACCCGUUAUAUUUUCAGAAAAUCUGCAACAUUGAUUAUCUUUUAAAAAGUACUCGGUGUACCAACACUUUUUCUGGAUUUAGUAUUUUUAGACUUUUGGUAAGUUGGGCCACCUUGUGUACAUCUGCUUUUUGUCUUGUGAGAGAAGAAGGAGGAAUGUGUGUUACACUGUACCUGUGGAUGUGGAUACGGCUUCGAUUCCUUGACAAGGCUAUAAUCUUAGAAUGUCUGAAGAGGUAUAGAGUGACUGUUACUGCGGUCAGAACAGCCAUGAGACGAGCAUUUCUGUUGAGAAGCUUUGGAGCGAAGAGCUGUACUCGUGCGUGAAGAUGGCAGAGAUGGUAGCAUUUCAUUGAGUUGAAGGAACUGGGCAGAGCUGAGUGAGACUGUGGUGAAGAUAUGUUAACCCCGAGAACCUUCAAGUUAGCUAUGACUGGCUCCCCGAGCUGCCUGGCAGUCACAGCAGAGGGCCACAGCCACCACCCUAGGCCUCCAAAGGAUUCUCCUGUCAGCGUGGAAACCUCACGGUCAGAGAAUGCCUGCCUCCAGCCCCUGUAACUGCUGGGCUUGCCGGCUCUUACAGUCUUUGGCUUAUACUGAUAGGAAUUCAAGUCAUUUUAUAAACUUUAAAAAUACAUAAGCAGAAAACAAAAAUGGAGUCUUGCUUUUCACCAUUAAUUGUAUCUGGUAUCCAAAGAGUAACUUAAGCGAAGACGACCUGGUUGAUCCUUCCAAGAGGUCUUGUUGCACCCUCCCCGAGGCUGGUGGUCGGGUAUCCACGGA